ACCGGCUGACGAUACGGAUGGGAUAGAAAAAGGUCGGACGUACCAGGAGCACCGUGAUCCUGCCUGCGGAUUGAUCCGUUGGUUGUAGCCAUGACGAAGCGCAUGUAAUGUACGCACAGACGGAUUAUGAAAGCGAAGAGGAGGAAUUGAUUGAACGAGUGAGAGAGCGAGGAUGUUUUUUUUCUUGGGGCGGUUCGGCGUAUGCGUGUGUAUGCGUGUGUAUGCGUGUGUAUGGAUGUGGGUGGUACUGUAGACUGUCGACUGUAUGUUGUGUGGUGUGGUGUUUUUCUUUUUUGGGCGGAACAGGAAGGGGGGGGGGGUGGCCGCCGCGUUGCUGGGAGCUGGGAGAUUUGAGUUUGGGGCAGCUGGGCUGGAUGCAGGCGGUCGCAGUCUGUCUGCAGUCUGCACUCAGUCACACUACUCAACACUCGUACUAACCACCUGGAUUACAAGACCCAGACUCACAGCGUAAGGUAAGGUAAGGUACGGUAUAGUAGAGUAAUUAGGCGCAGUAGGAGGCCAGCUGGACUGGGGGUUGGGUAAAGGGUAAAGACAAGGUAA